AUGUCGACCGCCGCUGCCACAACGCCUACGCUCAAGCACAAAACGCGCAAGCUCAAAAGCAUGCUCUUGAUGAGCCACCUGACGCCGCUCCCCAUCUACGACGUUGGGCAUGACGUCGACACAAACGAGCACGCGACGGGCGAGUUCGGGUGUGUGUUUCCUCACGUCGACCAUCGAGUGCUGGACGAGCCAGAGACCGCGGGGGGGUGUCCCGUCGGGAGCGCGGAGGUGUCUCGUCGACUUGCGAAUGCCUUCACCGAGCUCGAAGCGAGAUUCUGGAAGCGCGUGAAUGCAGGGACCGACCGCGUGCUCGUGUACCAGCGCCCCAACUCAACGAGUGUGUCGAAGGAGUACAUUUCGACGCACAACGACCCGUCCAACCUGUCGUUCAACUCGUGGUUUGAAAGCGGCAACCUCGAGUGCGCCUACCGAGUCCACCAUCGAAACUACGCCACGUACUUGCCACAAUGCACCAAACACUUGAACCAAACCAAACUCGCUACGCCAAAAUCGAGUGCCCACCACCCCCAUGGCCCGCCGCCACCCACCGACGUCUUGAUGCCCGUCGCGGUUGACCAAGAAUACGAUCUCUACUGCGAUUGCGACACGUACACAUUUGGGCAUAUUCAAUGGUACUACUUCCAAGUGAAGGUGGCCGAUCAAGUUCCCCCCGGCCAAGACGCCCUCGUCGUUCGCUUCAACAUCCGCAACAUGAUGAAGCGCGACAGUCUGUACAACUUUGGCAUGCUGCCGACCGUGUAUUCGGAAGUCAGGGCGGCCCAAGGCGUGGCGGGGUGGACCCACGCAGGCGUCGAAGCGUUCUACUACCAGAACGCAGACGAGUUUGAGCACCCCCGGCGUCGAUGGCGAACCAAGCGAUAUCACUACACGCUCUCGUUUGUAUAUCGUUUCGACACGGCCAUGGACACGGUGUACUUUGCCCAUUGCUACCCGUACACGUACACAAACUUGCAGAGGUACUUGACAACGCUCCUCGCAUGCCCCCUUCGCAGCCCCAACGUUCGGCGGCGCACGCUGUGCCCGACCGUGUGCGGCAACGCGUGCGACGUGCUCACAAUCACAGAAUACACGGCAGAGCCCCGAGUCCUCAUGCUUCGAACGGGCGUUGUCUUGACGGCGAGGGUCCAUCCCGGAGAAACCAACGGGAGUUUUGUCAUGCAAGGGAUCAUCGACUACUUGACAGGCCCGUCGAAAGAAGCGCAGAGGCUGCGGCAAUGUUUUGUGUUCAAGAUCGUCCCCAUGCUCAACCCCGAUGGCGUCAUCCACGGCAACUACCGCUGCUCCGUCGUCGGGGUCGACCUCAACCGCCGAUGGUCGAAACCUUGCCAGAACACCCACCCGACGAUCUACGCCGCCAAGCAAAUGAUCAUGUCCAUGCGGAAUGCGCGCCGCGUCGUCCUGUUCUGUGACAUUCAUGGCCACAGUCGCAAGAAGAACAUGUUUGUGUAUGGAUGCAAGCCAUAUUUCGCUUGGUCGCCAUUUGAAGCGGCCAAGAUGCGACUGUUUCCGUACCUGCUCUCGAAAGUAUCGUCCGCCGAAGACGGCGGCUUCUUUAGCUUUCCCGACUGCACGUUUAACGUGCCGCGGUCCAAGCUAUCGACUGGGCGGGUCUCUGUUUGGAAUGACAUUCGCAUCUUGAACAGCUUUACACUCGAAACAUCGUUUUGCGGGACGGGCGAAAACCAAACAAGACAGUACCAUCGUCCUCCGCCCUCGACAACGCUUCCCACAUUGCGCGCCAAACCGACCACCCAUUACCGAGUUUGUGAUUUGAUUCAGUCGGGCGAAAAGUUUUGCUGUGCCCUCGGCAAUUACGGCCGCCUGUUGGGAAUUGAGCCCGUGGACGAAGCAUCGCUUCCCCCCGACGCAGCCCCGGCCGCCGCUGGCCAUGGGGAAUCCGCCAUGACCCUGGCAGUCGACGAAGACGUCAUGACCACAGGACCGUUCCCUUCAGUCAUCCGCAAUCGACAUCGCCACGAUACGAACAACGACGACAACAACUUUGUCUUGUCCGCGGAUGCGAUCCAAUUGCUCGAUGAGAUCUCGACGAACGUUCCCCUCAGCGCCGACGUCGACUGCAAUUCGUCGGAAGGGUCUGCUGGCUCUGACUCAAACCCAUCCGAAGACAACAAAGACACCGACGAAAUCGAGGCCGAUACGCGGUGGCAGGCCUUUGUUCGGCACCGCGCCGCCGCACGGCCCCGCAUCGCGCGUCGCAGUCUACCGUGCCCCAUCGUCAAGGACGACGCAUCCAUUAGUCCUCCAACAAACUCUCUCGUUCACCGCCCGUCGGCAAAGAACGUCCUCAAGGCGCUGCCCCGCACGCCGCCACGACCUACCACGGUCUCACUCGCCCCCGAACCCACUCGACGUGGCGCGACACCACCCGUUCGAGUCAAGCCUGCACCGAAUGCGCAACCCACGGUCGUGCCUCUGUCGUCUUCGCUGCCGCAAUCUCGUCGAAUGAGUGUGUGGGCAGCCGGCCAAGGCCGCAAAGACGUCAAUGCCGCGAUCGCAGGGCUCCAUCGAGAGCUCAUCAAGCGGCGCAUCAGUUUGACAUCACCGCCAAAGCACCCGUCAUGA